AUGAGCUCGCAAAGCCAUCCAGAUGGACUUUCUGGCCGAGACCAGCCGGUGGAGCUGCUCAACCCUGCCCGCGUGAACCACAUGCCCAGCACUGUGGACGUAGCCUCGGCCCUGCCUCUGCCGGUGGCCCCCCCGGGGGUGCCCAUGGACCUGCGCCUGGACCACCAGUUCCCGCUGCCCGUGGCGGAGCCGGGCCUCCGCGAGCAGCAGCUGCAGCAGGAGCUCCUGGCGCUCAAGCAGAAGCAGCAGCUGCAGAGACAGAUCCUCAUCGCCGAGUUCCAGAGACAGCACGAGCAGCUGUCGCGGCAGCACGAGGCCCAGCUACACGAGCACAUCAAGCACCAGCAGGAGCUGCUGGCCAUGAAGCACCAGCAGGAGCUGCUCGAGCACCAGCGGAAGCUGGAGAGGCACCGGCAGGAGCAGGAGCUGGAGAAGCAGCACCGAGAGCAGAAGCUGCAGCAGCUGAAGAACAAGGAGAAGGGCAAAGAGAGUGCUGUGGCCAGUACGGAAGUGAAGAUGAAGCUGCAGGAGUUUGUCCUCAAUAAAAAGAAGGCCCUGGCUCACCGGAACCUGAACCACUGCAUGUCCAGUGACCCUCGCUACUGGUACGGGAAGACGCAGCACAGCUCGCUGGACCAGAGCUCCCCGCCCCAGAGCGGGGCGUCGGCCUCCUACAACCACCCGGUCCUGGGCAUGUACGACGCCAAAGACGACUUCCCUCUCAGAAAGACAGCUUCUGAACCCAACCUGAAAUUACGCUCCAGGCUAAAGCAGAAAGUGGCUGAGAGACGGAGCAGCCCCCUGCUACGCAGGAAAGAUGGGCCAGUGGUCACAGCUCUGAAAAAGCGUCCCUUGGAUGUCACAGACUCAGCGUGCAGCAGUGCCCCGGGCUCCGCACCCAGCUCGCCCAACAACAGCUCCGGGAAUGUGAGCACGGAGAACGGGAUCGCGCCCGCCGUCCCCAGCAUCCCGGCCGAGACCAGCCUGGCUCACAGACUCGUGGCGCGAGAGGGCUCGGUCGGCCCGCUGCCCCUCUACACGUCGCCGUCGCUGCCCAACAUCACGCUGGGGCUGCCCGCCACCGGCCCCUCUGCGGGGGCUGCCGGCCAGCAGGAGGCCGAGAGACUGGCCCUCCCCGCCCUGCAGCAGCGCAUCUCCCUCUUCCCCGGCACCCACCUCGCCCCCUACCUGGGCGCGGCGCCCCUGGAGCGGGACACGGGGGCGGCCCCCAGCUCCCUCCUGCAGCACGUGGUCCUCCUGGAGCAGCCGCCCGCACAGACACCCCUCGUCACAGGCCUGGGCGCGCUGCCCCUGCACGCGCAGCCCCUGGUGGGGGCGGAGCGCGUGGCGCCCUCGGUGCACAAGUUGCGGCAGCACCGCCCGCUGGGCCGCACGCAGUCGGCGCCGCUGCCCCAGAGCGCGCAGGCGCUGCAGCACCUGGUCAUCCAGCAGCAGCACCAGCAGUUCCUGGAGAAGCACAAGCAGCACUUCCAGCAGCCUCAGCUGCACCUCAACAAGAUGAUCCCCAAACCCAGCGAGCCGGCCCGGCAGCCUGAGAGCCACCCCGAGGAGACGGAGGAGGAGCUGCGGGAGCACCAGGCGCUCCUGGAGGAGCCCUUCCUGGACCGGCUCCCGGGGCAGAAGGAGGCCCACGCGCUGGCCGGGGUGCAGGUGAAGCAGGAGCCCAUCGAGAGUGACGAUGAGGAGGCAGAGCCCCCGCGGGAGGCAGAGCCCGGCCAGCGGCCGCCCACGGAGCAGGAGCUGCUCUUCAGACAGCAAGCCCUCCUCCUGGAGCAGCAGCGGAUCCACCAGCUGAGGAACUACCAGGCGUCCAUGGAGGCCGCCGGCAUCCCGGUGUCCUUCGGCGGGCACCGGCCCCUGUCGCGGGCGCAGUCCUCCCCCGCGUCCGCCACCUUCCCCAUGUCCGUGCAGGAGCCCCCAGCCAAGCCGAGGUUCACCACAGGCCUCGUGUACGACACGCUGAUGCUGAAGCACCAAUGCACCUGCGGGAACACCAACAGCCACCCGGAGCACGCCGGGCGUAUCCAGAGCAUCUGGUCACGGCUGCAAGAGACCGGCCUCCGAGGCAAAUGCGAGUGCAUCCGCGGACGCAAGGCCACGCUGGAGGAGCUGCAGACAGUGCACUCGGAGACGCACGCCCUGCUCUAUGGCACGAACCCCCUCAACAGGCAGAAACUGGACAGUAAGAAACUUCUAGGCUCUCUAACGUCCGUGUUCGUCAGGCUGCCCUGCGGUGGUGUCGGGGUGGACAGUGACACCAUAUGGAACGAGGUGCACUCGUCGGGGGCCGCCCGCCUGGCCGUGGGCUGCGUGGUGGAGCUGGUCUUCAAGGUGGCCACAGGAGAGCUGAAGAACGGCUUUGCUGUGGUCCGCCCUCCAGGACACCACGCAGAGGAGAGCACGCCCAUGGGGUUCUGCUACUUCAACUCCGUGGCCAUCGCUGCCAAGCUUCUCCAGCAAAGGCUGAGCGUGAGCAAGACCCUCGUGGUGGACUGGGAUGUGCACCACGGGAACGGGACCCAGCAGGCCUUCUACGGCGACCCCCGCGUGCUCUACAUCUCCCUGCACCGCUACGAUGACGGCAACUUCUUCCCGGGCAGUGGCGCGCCCGACGAGGUGGGCACAGGCCCUGGCGUGGGCUUCAACGUCAACAUGGCUUUCACUGGCGGCCUGGACCCCCCCAUGGGAGACGCAGAGUACCUAGCAGCCUUCAGGACCGUGGUCAUGCCGAUCGCCAGCGAGUUCGCCCCAGACGUGGUGCUCGUGUCCUCGGGUUUCGACGCCGUGGAGGGCCACCCCACGCCCCUCGGAGGCUACAACCUCUCCGCCAAGUGUUUCGGGUACCUGACAAAGCAGCUGAUGGGCCUGGCCGGUGGCCGGGUCGUCCUGGCGCUGGAGGGAGGCCACGAUCUCACAGCCAUCUGCGACGCCUCGGAAGCCUGCGUCUCUGCCCUGCUGGGGAACGAGCUCGAUCCUCUCCCAGAAAAGGUCUUACAGCAGAGACCCAACGCCAACGCUGUGCGGUCGAUGGAGAAAGUCAUUGAAAUCCACAGCCAGUACUGGCGCUCCCUGCAGAGGCUCGCCUCCACCACCGGCUACUCCCUGGUCGAGGCCCAGAAGUGUGAGAACGAGGAAGCCGAGACUGUUACUGCCAUGGCCUCGCUGUCUGUGGCCGUGAAGGCCCCCGAGAAGAGCCCCGACGAGGAGCCCAUGGAAGAGGAGCCGCCCCUGUAG